AUGGGGGCUGCGGCUAAGGGCCGCUCCAGUUCCAAGGCGCUGAGCCGCAUUUUGCGGACUUCUUUGGGGUAUGUGCUGGGCGGCGGUCUGUACCCUGGCUGCAUUCACUGCCGGUCUCCUUGGAACAAAGCCGAUGCUCCUUCACGAGAUAGAGCAGUGGAGCAACAGACCCGUAGUUUUCCUCUCUGGUUGCAGAAGCUGCAGCAAGGAGAUGCAAGGCGUUUUGACAUUAUGGUUUCAAGCAGUUUUUGGCGGAGACCUCUGGGGCGUUGGGUGCGUUUAUUACUCCUUUUAGCAGGUGACAUUGAGCGGAACCCUGGUCCUAACUUUCAACAAGGUGCAUAUUUUCCCAGGGGUGAGCUGAACAUGUCUGUCGGGUUUUCACAGGCGACUGUGCAGCGGAUGUCACGCUGCCUGGAGGCUUUCGAAGCCUGGACGAAGGACAAACUGGGGUUGACUUUGAAUGAGGCAAUGGCCACCGCGGAGAUGGCCGACCUUGCUCUGCGUGGCUAUGGUCGUUUCUGUUUUUCUGAGGGUAGACCUCGCUACUGGUUGGUCUAUGCGAUUACUGGCGUGGUGCACCAGUAUCCUGGUUAUAGGAAUUUGCUACAUGGAGCUUGGCAGAUUGAUCGAAAGUGGCAGCUGGAGGAACCUGGCCAAUGCCGCGCUGUACUUUCUGCGCCCCUCGUCAGAGCCAUCAUCGCUGUUGCAUUGCUCUGGGAAUGGCGCUCCUUUGCUAGCAUAGUUGCUUUAGGUUUUGCCGGGAUGCUUCACCCAAAUGAGUUUGUCCAUUUAGUCCGUAGUGAUCUUGUGUUUCCCCAAGAUACUUUAGAGCUUCGUGAAUGCAUGUAUGUUCAUAUUCGAAACCCAAAAACUGCUCGGUUUGCUCGGCGCCAACACGUGCGUAUUGACGAUACCACUGUCAUUAGUUUGGUUCAGCGAGUAUUUGGACACUUGCAGAUGCAAAGUCGAUUGUUUGAUGCUUCCAUGGCAGUGUUCCGGCGGCAAUGGAAUUCUGUCCUGGAUCUUUUAGAAGUGCCUCGACGCCAAGCUUUGCGUGGUGCUACCCCUGGAACCCUGCGGGGCUCUGGUGCUACGCAUUUGUACCUGGCUGACAUGGAUUUGAGCAAAAUCGCUUGGAAGGGUCGUUGGUCAAAGUUGAGAACUCUGGAGUACUACAUCCAGGAGGUUGGAGCCCAGCUCUUUUUGCAUCAGCUUCCAGUAUCUGCAAAGUACCGAAUUACUGAACUGAGUGCUAACAUUGAUGUGAUC